AAGCCUCAGCCUUUUGCGUAGGAUUAACUCAAACUAGUAGGUGCAAACAUCUGUCUGUCUGUAAUGGUACUUCCGCGUAGAAUUUUAAUAACUUUUUUUUAAGCAGAAUAUUUUGUGCAAAUUAAGAUUAUUUUUGCAGUCACUUUUUUCAACUUUGGCCGCGUCUGUCUUCUCUCUCUGUCUCUCUCUAUCUUUCUCGUCAACUUCGGCCUCGUCUGUCGUCUGUCGUCUGUCUCUCUCUCUCUCCAUUGACAUUUGCAAUUACACGGGACCCAUCGAAAAAUGCUUAUAAAAGUUUUAUAACAGAAUGACCUCGGGGGAAAUCUGCAAUUUCUCUUAAUUCAUCGAAAAAGCUAAUAAAACUCGCAGAGAGACAGAGAGAGCUGAGGAUGGCGAGUUACAAGUACAAGAUGUUGGGGUUCAGCAGGAAGUUUAAGAUGAACGAGCUAGGCCCACCGGCCGACGUGCAGAAAGCGUUCUCGAAGUUCGCCGAGGGUGGCGACCAGAUGUCGGCCUCUCAGCUCCGUCGGUUCCUGGAGGAGCACCAGGACGAGGUGGAAAGCACCGUGGCUGAUGCGGACCGAAUCAUAAAGCACGUUCUGCAUGGGCGCCACGAGGCCCAUAGCGCCAAGCAAAGCCUUUCCCUCGCCGAUUUCUUCCAUUUCCUGUUUCUCGAUGAUCUCAAUGGCCCCAUCAAAUCUCAGGUACACCAUGAUAUGACUGCUCCAUUGUCACAUUAUUUCAUAUAUACAGGGCACAAUUCCUACUUGACUGGGAAUCAACUCAACAGUGAUUGUAGUGAUGUCCCACUCAUCAAGGCGUUGCAGAGAGGUGUGAGAGUAAUUGAACUUGAUAUAUGGCCGAAUUCUACAAGAGAUGAUGUUCUUGUUCUUCAUGGAAGGACACUGACCACUCCUGUGAAGCUCAUCAAAUGUUUGCAGUCCAUUAAAGAGUAUGCGUUUGUUAAGUCUCCCUACCCUGUCAUCAUAACUUUAGAAGACCACCUUACCCGUGAUCUUCAGGACAAAGUUGCCAAGAUGCUCACUCAAACAUUUGGAGAAAUGUUGUAUUACCCCCAGGGAGAAUGCUUAGCUGAAUUCCCUUCACCAGAGUCAUUGAAAUAUCGAAUUGCUAUCUCUACCAAGCCACCAAAAAUAUACCUUGAAUCUGAGAAUAGCAAGGAUAAGGGUAGUAGCUUCAAUGGUGAAAGGGAAAUAUCUGAAGAAUCAGCAUCAGGAAAGGAGACACCGACUUUUAAUGCUGAGCCAGAAGAAGAGAAAAACAACAGUGAUCCAGAUGAUGAAGAUAUCAAUGGGUGUGUUCACAAAUCAGCCCAAGAAGGAGCACCUGAAUACAAACGAUUGAUUACAAUUCAUGCUGGGAAACCAAAGGGUAGUUUAAAGGAUGCAUUACAAGUUGUCGUUGACGAAGUUAGACGUCUUAGUUUGAGUGAACAAGCACUUGAGAAGGCUGCCUCAAAUCAUGGAACUGAUGUUGUAAGGUUCACGCAGAAAAAUAUACUAAGAGUAUACCCUAAAGGAACACGUGUCACCUCCUCUAAUUACAAGCCACAUAUUGGGUGGAUGCAUGGGGCCCAGAUGGUUGCAUUUAAUAUGCAGGGACAUGGCAAAUUGCUUUGGUUGAUGCAGGGGAUGUUUAGAACCAAUGGAGAGUGUGGUUAUGUUAAAAAACCUGAUUUUCUGAUGCAAAGGGGUCCUCAUAAUGAGGUGUUUAAUCCUAAAAGAACCUUCAUAGUGAAGAAGACAUUAAAGGUGAAAAUAUACAUUGGAGAUGGGUGGCACUUGGAUUUUAGCCGAACACACUUUGAUUCAUUCUCGCCACCUGAUUUCUACACAAAGAUUCGUAUUGUUGGGGUGCCAACUGAUGCUGCCAAGAAGAAAACAAGAAUAAUUGACGAUGAUUGGGCUCCUUCUUGGGAUGAAGAGUUUGAAUUCCCUUUGACAGUUCCGGAUCUUGCCGUGCUUCGGAUUGAAGUACGGGAGUACAAUAGGUCUCAGAAGGACGACUUCGGUGGGCAGACAUGUUUGCCUAUCUCAGAAAUAAAACCCGGGAUCCGUGCUAUCCCACUCUAUGACCGAAAUGGAGAGAAACUAAAAUCUGUGAAGCUUCUAAUGCAGUUUCAGUUUGUAUAGGCCAUAGGAUUUCAUUCAUCCAGGACAUAUGCUCUUGUAAUUGAGUCCAUAUUACAUUUUUACACCGUUUUGAGCUAGAAGUUACAGGUGUGCGUUUUAACUAGUUGAUACAAAGCUCGUGGCCGUGUUUCCCUUUCAGAAUAGGCAUUGAUAAUUGGAGAGGCAGUCUUUUAUUUGGGUCACCGGAUUCUAACGAGUCAUCAAUUUUCACAGAUUGUUUUGGAUUAGAGACUCGCAGCGAUUGAGAAUCAAGGAGUGAGGAGCAGCAAUGGUCAUAUUAAAAAGGUUAAAGGUUAAUUAUGAAAGUCAUCUUGAAAAAGAUUGUUUCAUUA